AUGAUCCAUGAAGUGGAGGAGCAACCACACCAUAUAAUAACAUCUACAUUGCCACCACUUUCGGCAGCGCCCAUUGAUGAUCCAAGAACUACAUCGACAACACGCCGGCCCAAGAAACCAACCAAGAGACGACCUAAAAACACCAAAAAACCUAAAUCACCAACAACCCCCAGACGACCAAAAAACACCCAAAAGCCUAAACCAUCAACACCAACCGCCACAAUCGUUACGGAAAACCCUACAAGCGCAAGCACCACAACCCCGAUUCCUACAUUGGUGUCACAUCCCAUAAUACCUUAUCCAGCUUAUUUUUACCACAAGUGUCCAUGUGUUGCAACACCCAGUCCAUCAACGACGACAACAACUACCGCGACACCAACAACCACGUCGACGGUGUCAACCACAGUCAUUGCGGGAAGUUCAGUUGGAACAACAAUUGCACCACCAGCAUCCCAUCCGAUUACAACACGAAGUUCUUGGUGGUGGCCCUGGGGUAAUUAUCGUGUAAUAACCAAUAUAAAUCGUCUUACCAACGGUACAAGCUGGAAUUUAACUUACGUAGCUCAAGAGACGUAG